AUGGGAUGGCGCACACAAAUCAUCGCCUGCUGCAUUUUCGGUCUCCACGCUACUUGGAUGUUCCUAAUGGAUAUUCGGGCAACCUAUACCGGGAAUAUCCCCGCUGCAUUUAAUAUGACCAUCUUCAAUGGCAUUGAGGAUCACGUCAAGUAUCUGGUAUGGAGGAAUACGUGGCUCAAGUUCGUCGAGGCGAUCCGUCGUCGAUCGGUGGAUUCGAAUGAGUCGGGGUAUUCCGCGGGAUCGGGGACGAUGGUUCGGAGUUGGGGUUGGAUUUCGGAGACGAGGGGAAGAUUUGGUCGUUGGUGA